GGCAAAUCCCACGUUUGGCUCGCCGUGUACCACACCGUAUAUUAAUUUAAUUGGAAAUAAGCCUCGUAAAUUUGAACCGAUAUACACACCGGUGGCCCUGCCAAAUCGACAAUAGUGUUGUGUGACUUUCUAAAAAUAAUGUGGGCAAUUUUAAGUGGCUGUGAGAGAGGACACGGUGUCACCAAAAAUCGACACUAAACAUGCAAGUUCCAUUAUAUACGGCUUGCAAGUGAUGCUCGUGCUCAAACCGGCGCUUUCUCUCUGGCCAGUGGCGUGCGCUUGGGCUUGAGAACUGUUGCCCGUUGCAGCUCCUUAAACAUGAAGGUGGACCCGGAGCUGAUGUUCGAAUGUCUGAUCUACAUCAAUGCGUUUUACUACCCGGUAUUCGCAUCGGCCGAAUUCAUCAUGGUGAUCGCAAAGUACCAAAGUAUCCGAGACACCCCCAACAUCGAACAGGAUGGCGCCGUUUGCUUUGCCCGACUGAUCGGGGAAAUCCUCAAAAUCCUGGUGUUCUACCGAUGGAAGGAGCAGCGACGAAGCUUUUCAGAGCUGGUCACGGCCUUUGUGCUACUGAUGACGUUCCUGACCGUAGCCACAGUGGUGUACGCGUUCGGGUUCCAAAACCCGCUACUGAAGUUGGAAAAAGUGCUCUGCUGUCUCACGAUCAUGCUCACCGCCACUGAGAUCGUCUUCGGCGUGCUCUUCUUUUUCCCGUGCUUCAAAAAAGUCGACUACUACUAGUUGACCAUACCCCGUAUAUGAAGCGCAGUCGGUCGCAAAGUGAAUCCCAUGGGCGCAAUUUACUCUGCGCCGCCCCAAUAUCGCAUUCAACGUCUGGGGCGAUUGUAGAAGUGUAUUUUGUAAUAAACCAAUUUGAAAUCGA